AUGCCGGUGACUGGCCAGCAGCUGCUGCCACUGUUUGACGCGGCCAAUCAUGGCGCCGGCGCCCUUGAAUGCAGUCAUCCAAAUGACAGCUCUGUUGCGGACUCGAAGGAAACUAAGGAUACCUCUUCUGGCAAAUCUAGAACGCCGUCUUUUGUAAUCGAUUCGACAACUCGCUUUUGGCCGGGAACUUCCGAUUUGAAGGCCAGGUCAUUCACCCUUCAGUUGACUUCUGAUGGGAACCUCCAGCUCUUUGCAACUUCACCUAACCCUUUGGCAACCACGUCUGCACCCGCAGAAUCUUCGGGCCUCGAGGCUGACUUUAUCAGUGAGCACCGCCUACCCGCUGCUCUGCCAGGCCAGUUUUGGUGCCAGCCAGCCCUCUGCUCAACGUCUCCGGCCGCCGCCUCGUCCCUCCCUCUGUCCUGGCCCGCCACAAUCGACGGUGACUUGCUGUCCCUCGAAUCAGGCCUGUUGUGGGACAUUGGCGAUCAGGCUGCUCUGAAAAAAGUUACUUUCGGUGGGAAGGAUUUGCUGGGCAUUUAUAAUCAGGAUCUGCUGCGUCACCGGUUGAUCACUGCGGGUAGUCCCGUCACCCGCGCAGGUCACAGCGUAGCCCACAAGUCGCUGCCCACAAAGAUUGCCAAGUCAACCGAAUUCGCCCCCGAGGACGUGGCUUUUGUGCUGGACAUUGACAAUACCAAGCCAUGCAGCGAGGUUAUAGUUGGCUUGGUCAUUGAACUGUCCGCAGACGCCAACACCAAGGAAUCCAGUUGGCCACGCUUCCUUUCGAUUUUUGGCCGUCGGGUCGAUGUACCCUCGUCGGGAAAGCAGUCGAAAUCGCGCACGUUGGAGUUGCCUCUCUGCCUCGAGGAGAUGUUUAUUCCACAGACACCGCUCCAUCUCUGUGUGGGUCGGAGUCAGCACCCGGAUGGACUGACUAGCAUCGAUACUGUUCGAGUCUACUCCGUGCCCCGUGCCCAUCUCGAUCCCUCAAUGUUGCCUUCUUGGCCCGUCGCUCGAUCAGAGCAGAAUUGCCCUAUGGAGUCGGGAGCUUGUUCGCCGUCUGAAAAACGUGCUGGUCUCUAUAACGCCGCUCUGGUGAACUGGAUGGAUCGCAUCUUGACGACUGGCUUUAUUACCGACGCUCUGCGCAAUCAUUCUGGCGCGCCCUCACGACCAAACUGUGCUUUUGUCUCGCCAACUUACGAGACCAGUGACCUGGCUGUCCUACUCAGCAGCUGCUCCGCCACAUCGGAUUAUGCUGAAAAUGCAUCAAAUGCCUGCGUCCUACCGACGGUCGCCAAAGAACUGGAACCUCUGGCAAUUGACUGUCUGAGGAAGGUAUCUCUCACCACCUUCUCUAACUCUCCGCAGCCAGCUCCCUCCCCCUGUUCUGCUGCUGCUGGGGGGACCUCCCACGGUCUGACCUCUCGCCUCCUU